AGGAAACCAACGUCGAAGUGGUUGUUGGAUUAUUCGCGGCCUGACGGAUUGUUUUAUAUCAAGGAUAAGGAAACGUAACUUUACAAAGAUGAAAGCUCUGGUCUAGAGCUCCAUUGUGAAGAAAGAACACAAACGGGAAACCAGGAAGCUAGAAAUAUUUCUGUGUGGCCAUGGCCUACUCGAACUACAGCAACCUGAGCAGGGCUCAGCUCACCUUUGAGUAUCUGCACACAAACUCGACGACCCACGAGUUCUUGUUUGGAGCCUUGGCCGAGCUUGUGGACAAUUCAAGAGAUGCAAAUGCCACACGCAUAGACAUCUACACAGACAAAAGGCCAGAUCUGCGGGGCGGCUACAUGCUGUGUUUUCUGGAUGAUGGUGUUGGAAUGGACCCUUAUGAGACAACUCACGUGAUCCAGUUUGGGAAGUCAAGCAAAAGGUCCCAUGAGUCCACUCAGAUUGGCCAGUAUGGAAACGGACUGAAAUCCGGCUCUAUGAGGAUCGGGAAAGACUUCAUCUUGUUCACGAAAAAGGGCAAUACGCUCACUUGCCUUUUCAUGUCGAGGACUUUUCACGAAGAGGAGGGACUGGACGAGGUGAUCGUGCCUCUUCCCUCCUGGGAUCUGAAAACCAAGGAACCGCUGACCUCUGACCCCGAGAAGUACGCCAUAGAGACGGAGCUGAUCUAUAAAUACUCACCUUUUAAAAAUGAACAGCAGCUGAUGGAGCAGUUCAACAAAAUAGAAAGUAGCAGUGGCACUCUUGUGAUCGUCUAUAAUCUGAAGCUGGACCACAGAGAGCCAGAGCUGGAUGUAGAGACGGAUCACCAGGACAUACUGAUGGCUGGGACUCCUGUUGAAGGAGUGAAGCCGGAGAGGAGGUCUUUCAGGGCGUACGCUGCUGUUUUGUACAUUGACCCACGCAUGAGGAUUUAUAUCCAGGGACAUAAAGUCAGGACUAAGAGACUGUCCUGCUGUUUAUAUAAACCGAGGGUUUAUAAAUACACAUCGACUCGUUUCAAAACUCGUGCCGAGCAAGAAGUGAAGAAAGCGGAUCACCUGGCUAAGAUUGCGGAGGAGAAAGCCAGAGAGGCGGAGAGUAAGCAGAUGGCUUUGGAGACCAGACUAGGAGACGACCUGUCAAAAGAUUCACGGGCAAUCCUUCGAAAGGUUCAAGAUUCAGCCAUGAUGCUCCGGCGGGACUGUGACAUGAAGAAAAGGAUUCUCGAAGCCAAACAGAAAGCGCUAAAGGAGCCCAAGGAGUUGAACUUUAUAUUCGGAGUGAACAUUGGUCAGAGAGACCUGGAUGGGAUGUUUGUGUACAACUGCUCUCGUCUCAUCAAGAUGUACGAGAAGACAGGGCCUCAGCUGGAGGGAGGCAUGGCCUGUGGAGGUGUGGUUGGAGUAGUGGAUGUCCCGUAUUUAAUUCUAGAGCCCACUCACAACAAACAGGACUUUGCAGAUGCCAAAGAGUAUCGACAUUUACUGAAAUCCAUGGGGGAACAUUUAGCUCAGUACUGGAAGGACACUAACAUUGCUCAGAAAGGCAUAGUGAAGUUCUGGGAUGAGUUCGGAUAUCUGUCGGCCAGCUGGUCCGCACCCCCGUCAUCAGAGCCGAGAUACAAGAGGCGUCGGGCCAUGGAGAUACCGCUUACUAUCCAGUGUGAUAAAUGUUUAAAGUGGAGAACGCUGCCAUUCCAGAUGGAUGCUGUGGACAAACGCUACCCAGACAGCUGGGUGUGUCUCAUGAACCCCGACAGCAACCAGGACAGGUGUGAUGCUUCUGAACAGAAACAGAAUUUGCCAUGUGGUGUUCUGAAGAAAGACAAACAGACGGGUGAAGUCAAACAAAAAGAGCUGGCAGAGAAAAUCAAACUGCAGCAGGAGAAACUCGAGGCCUUGCAGAAAACCAGCACCAUCAAAUCUGCAGCGGAUAUAAAGAAGCUGCCUCUGGAUGCCAGCAUGAAACCCUCCGAGGGAUCCUCUCAGGCAACCAGGUCUUCUGAGAGGUCCAUAACGCGGCCCCGCUCCCCCCCGCUUCCAGCUCAUCUAAAGGGCGGCCCCCCGUCUCGUGCCUCUCCUCAGCGCCCCACCCGAUCACCUGCUCCGCCACCACCAAUUAAAGUCGACCCAUCCAGGUCCAGAGCUGCAGCAAAACCUCCUGCAGCCAAGCCUGUACCCAAAGCUACUGCCAAAACCCCCCCGCCCACCCGCAGCUCCCGGACACCUGCCAAAGCAUCACCUGCCAAAGCAUCACCAGCCAAAGCAACAUCUGCUGUACAACGCAAGAGAGUCAUAACGGUGGUCGACAGUGAGGAUGAGGAGGAAGAGGAAGAAGAAGAAGAAGAAGAGGAGGAGGAUGAGGAUGAUGACAGUGAGGUGGAGAGUGAAGAAGAACCGCAGACAAAGAAAUCCAAGAUGGCAGCAGCAGCUGGUAACCGUGGGAAAGUGAUAGAGAAGUCCUUGCCUCCCAAACGUGGCAAGUUGGACGAGGUUAAAACCCUCUCCGAGCCCGAGAAGAAAGGACUUUCUUCUCCUUUACAGCAGAAGCCGACCACAUCGACCUCUAUUCCUAAAUCCAUUUCCAUGCAGCAGCAUGGCACUAAAGCAAAGGCCUCGGAGAAGCCCCUACAGGAGGAAACGGGGGACAACACGAAAAAUGCUCAGAAAGAUAAAGGGCUGCUGGUUGAAGUACGUGUCAAUAAAGAGUGGUACACCGGCAAAGUCAUUGCUGUGGAGGUGAACAAACAGAGCGUUCGCUGGAAAGUGAAGUUUGACUAUGUACCUAGAAACACUCCUAAAGACAGAUGGGUGUUCAAGGGAAGUGAUGAUGUCCGGUUGAUGCGGCCGCCAUCUCCAAUCUCUCAGACCCCUGACACCCAGCAGGAGGCAGAGAAGGGGCCGGCCCCCAUGGAGCCCGACACCACCCAGCCAGGCACCAGCCGGGAGGUGACCGAUAGUCUGGUUACCAUGCUGAGGACCAUGCUGCGUUACUUCUUCCCUCCUGCUUUUCGGAUCCCAAAGGACGACGUUAACAGCAUGACGGCUGAGGAGUUGGUGGCCUUUCCUUUGAAAGAGUAUUUCCAGCAGUAUGAAUCAGGUCUGCAGUCUUUGUGCAACUCGUACCAGAGCAGAGCUGACGCCAGAGCCAAGGCUGUUGAAGAGAAGAGCAACAGCAAUGAGGUGAAACUGAAGGAGGCGGACGAGAAACUACAGAAACUACGAACAAACAUUGUAGCACUCCUGCAAAAAGUUCAAGAGGACAUUGACAUAAACACAGACGACGAGCUGGACGCCUACAUAGAGGACCUUCUGACCAAGGGGGAUUAAAGAAGACGGAGAGAGAAGAGUCCAUGCACAUAAACAGGCAGUUUUCAUUACAGCCAUUACCUGUUGACGGCUCUGUAAUGACUCGUGCUUAUCUGCAGAGUUGGCUGUUAAAUCACAGUGUCACGAGUUUGAUCUUUGAGUUUGGGCAGGUUCUCUGGUGUUUCUACAGUGUUCGGUAUCCUGUGGUUUUAUCUUAAGUCCUUUUUUAUAUCCCUGCUUAUAUAUGUUAAUCUAUGUUAAAGCCAUCUUAUCUUGAUUGAAAUAUUUUAUGUAGGUUUAAGACAUGUAUGCUCAAUUUAUAUAGUCGGCUAAAGCUGUGACAAACUGCAGACAAAAUUUGUUCCUCGUUUGGUUCAUCGUCGGGUGAGAUUUGGAGGUGACUAGGUUGCGCUCUGCAAUGCAGCCUGUAGUUUAACUUUUAUUUUUAUACACUAAAAACACUGAAGUGUUUCCCAUUACCUUUCUACAUCCUGGUCCAACGAGGGAACCAGGUUAAUAUUUUACGGUUGGGUGCUGUUCCACACCCAUUAACGAGAACUACUUACUGGGUUUUAUCAGUAUGAUUAUUCCCUCAUUUCCCUCCAACAUUCAAACUCUGACUGUUCUGUGUUUAUUUUUGGAAGAAAAAAAGUCAUCUCACUCGAAUGCGAAGGUUGUGUGUUCAUAAUAAUGUGCCUGUGCCCUUCCUUUUGAACAGAUUUUAACAUGUCAUGGAAAUGUUUUAUCAAACGGUGCAUGCUUUCAGUCUUUUUGUUCUGAUUGGAACAAACGAUUCUGUAUUUUUGACAAAUCUUUACCUAGAACAAUAAAGCCGGUUCAGCAACACCUCA